UGAGCUCGUCCCGGACGCGCGCCCGGGCGGCUGGGUUCCGCGACUGCCGCUGCCUCGGGGGAGCGAGGGCGGAGGGUGUGUGUGUGUGUGUGUGUGUGCGCGUGUGAGCAGGGCGCCGGCGGGGCUGCAGCGAGGCACUUCGGAAGAAUGACUCUGGAGUCCAUCAUGGCGUGCUGCCUGAGCGAGGAGGCCAAGGAAGCCCGGAGGAUCAACGACGAGAUCGAGCGGCAGCUGCGCAGGGACAAGCGCGACGCCCGCCGGGAGCUCAAGCUGCUGCUGCUGGGGACAGGAGAGAGUGGCAAGAGUACCUUCAUCAAGCAGAUGAGGAUCAUCCAUGGGUCAGGAUACUCUGAUGAAGACAAGAGGGGCUUUACCAAACUGGUGUAUCAGAACAUCUUCACAGCCAUGCAGGCCAUGAUCAGAGCUAUGGACACUCUCAAGAUCCCAUACAAGUAUGAACACAAUAAGGCUCAUGCACAAUUAGUCCGAGAGGUUGACGUGGAGAAGGUGUCUGCUUUUGAGAACCCAUAUGUAGAUGCAAUAAAGAGCUUGUGGAACGAUCCUGGAAUCCAAGAGUGCUAUGAUAGACGACGAGAAUAUCAGUUAUCCGACUCCACUAAAUACUAUCUGAAUGACUUGGACCGUGUAGCUGACCCUUCCUAUCUGCCUACACAACAAGAUGUGCUUAGAGUUCGAGUCCCCACCACAGGGAUCAUCGAAUACCCCUUUGAUUUACAAAGUGUCAUUUUCAGAAUGGUCGAUGUAGGGGGCCAAAGGUCAGAGAGAAGAAAAUGGAUACACUGCUUUGAAAAUGUCACCUCUAUCAUGUUUCUAGUAGCGCUUAGCGAGUAUGAUCAAGUCCUUGUGGAGUCAGACAAUGAGAACCGAAUGGAGGAGAGCAAAGCACUCUUUAGAACAAUUAUCACGUAUCCCUGGUUCCAGAACUCCUCUGUUAUUCUGUUCUUAAACAAGAAAGAUCUUCUAGAGGAGAAAAUUAUGUAUUCCCACCUAGUCGACUACUUCCCAGAAUAUGAUGGACCCCAGAGAGAUGCCCAGGCAGCUCGAGAGUUCAUCCUGAAGAUGUUCGUGGACCUGAACCCCGACAGUGACAAAAUUAUCUAUUCCCACUUCACCUGCGCCACAGACACCGAGAACAUCCGCUUCGUCUUUGCCGCCGUCAAGGACACCAUCCUGCAGCUGAACCUGAAGGAGUACAAUCUGGUCUAACCGUGCCUCCCAGAAACCGUUCUUCCCUUCCCUGUGGGCUGUUGAAGAUAACCAAGAAGGACUGUAUUUCUGUGGAAAACAAUUUGCAUAAUACUAAUUUAUUGCCGUCCUGGACUCUGUGAGUGUGUCCACAGAGCUGUAGUAAAUAUUAUGAUUUUAUUUAAACUAUUCAGAGGAAACAGAAUGCUGAAGUACAGUCCCAGCACAUUUCCUCUCUCUUUUUUUUUUUUGAGGCAAAACUUGUGACUCGGUGUAUUUUAAAUUUUCAGUCACUCAUUCACAAUAUGAAAGCACUCCUACCGUUUGUGUUCUCUCUCUCUCUUUCUCUCUCUCUCUCUCUCUCUCUCUCUCUCUCUCUCUCUCUCUCCCUCCCUCCCUCCCUCCCUCCAUUCCUUUCCAUCUCCCUCCUCCCUUCUUUUCUGUUGACCAAAACAAAGCUGAUUUUUCUUCUUCCUGUUCCAUACCCCCCUACCGAUUUUGUUUUCUCAUCUUAACAAUGGACUUUACCCUUGUUCCAUUCUUCUUGAGUGAUGCAGUCAGGACAGUGUCAUUCGAUUGAAGUCACCUUACAUCAGCUUCAUUUAACAGUGGUUGUACUGAAGGCAUGUAUGAAUUACUAAUCUGGUUCUAUGUGUCUCUGGAUGCACAUCACAUCUAGUAUUUCUUUUUCAGUGCAUACAUGUAUGUGUGUAUAUAUAUUGUCUUGUCUCACUUGGACUAGAACAGCAGGUGCCCAUUGAUGGUCAAGAAUCUUAUAUUUUGGGUACAGAACUUCAGCCAUAGCUGGGUUGUUCAGAGGAAUGUCUGGAAGUCAGAGUGUGUGCUUACAGGCUGUGAAGGAGUCCUUGCUACUGCAGUCCAUGUGCCAUGUCCUUCUUCUCUUUCUUGCUUCCUUUUGUUUCUCUUUAGGUUUUCACCCUCUCUGUAAACCACAGAUGCCAAAUGAUAUGCCAACAGACACUACAUUCCCCAGCGCUGCUGCCAGAACCGCCUCGGGUCUAUUCAUUUUCUGUUUGUUUCCCAGCUCUCCUUCCCUCCGGUCCCUUUUGUGUUUGGGCCAUAAUUUUAAAAUAAUUUUUGCUAUGGGUAUGUUUUGCCAAAGCCGGAUUUUUAUAAGACAAAAUAAAUCAAGAAUUUAAACAGUAAAAGCCAGCGUCUCAACAUGUAAGCGUUAAGACAGUACAGCAAGGUUGACAGCUGGGUGUGAACCGGAAACACACAUUGCCAAAUAGUUGCUAACUGAACCGCUUCUCAUGGUCCGUUCUUUCUUUGCCCUUACAAAGUCAGUGCCAGUGUCCAGAUGAACAGUAUAGAAAACUACCCUAUGUGGUUUGUCAUGAGAGCUGUUCAUAUCUCUUUACUGGCACCAGUGUUAUUAGCUCUUUAUGUUCUUUAAGUUUGAGUGAGUUUGCCAAGAACACUGGUUGAUAGCAUUAUCCUAUAACUUUGAUUUGGGGGAAAAGUGAGCUUGUUUUACCAUGUUCAGGGUCUUCUUGAACUGGUCACUUGGACUUAAGGAAGAUUUGUGGAUUUUUUUUUUUUUUUCAAAAGUCACCGCUCAGUGUUCUGUCAAGCAUGUAUUUAUGUAACGAUUACACUAGGAGAAAUGUUUGGAAUUCUCCAUGUGCAGUUUGUCAGCAGAUGCAAACAGUGCUGAACAUGUGUGAGUAAGCCUGUCACGCAGCCCACAUUGCUAUGUGAGUUCAGUAGAAGGUGAUUGCUCUAAGGCUGCCGGGAAGUUAGACCACAAUGCUGGUCUCAUUAGUGCCUGGCCCUAGUCUAAACUCCCAUUAUCAAUCACUUUUCUUGAAUAACGAAGGGGAGAGAGAGUGAGCAGCUUACUGUAUGAGCACUGAAAUUGCUGACUCGUAAUGAAGUGUUUUACUCUCCCAGCCCCAAACAACACAGCUUACUUUUUUAUCCCUUGCUCUAGAAAGCACCUGUAAUUUAAUUAACAGACUGCCUGUAGGUAUAGUGCAAUUAUGAAUGUUCUGAUUGUUGUACAUACAUCUCUCUUGAUAUUGCAGCAUCCAUACUGGCUUUGUAAUCAUUAAUUUUUGGCAGAUUGAAUGUGCUGUAUUGAUAUGUAUCUAUGUAAUUGUAUUGUAUGUCUUGUAGCUAAUUCACAUUUUGAAUAAUGUUAUUUUAUUUACUUUUUUAAGAGAGGAGAAUGUAAAUUUGUCAGUUUAUUUCUGACUAGGGAUAUUUUUUUCCAUUUAGAAAAGAAGAAGAAAAAAACCCUUAUUAUCGUACAGAGCGGUACUAGCAUUGUGCUGUCUAAAAUCAUUUGCACAUUCCUGAGUAGAGGUGUGCUGACCUAAGACCCAAAGGUGAUUUCAUAGCAAAUACACAACAUCCGUCGGAGCUUUUAUACAAACACGGAGACCAACUUUGUAGACCUUUUGCCAUUUGACCUGGGGUUGGAAUAUGAGCUUUUAUACGAUUCAUAUUCUUAUUUGGCAAAUGCACAGUUUAGCAUUACCUCUCUGGUGGCCUUUAUUAGAAAGGCAGUUUUAGAAGCUAUUGUGAUCCACUAGGGAAAUGUUUUAUCAGCUAGAGAACACUGCUUGCCUAAAAGAGGGCAACCUUAAAUUUGGUGCAGCAAAAAACAAAAACAAAAAACAAAAAAAAAAAAACAACAAAAACAAAACAAAAAAAGAAAAAAGAAAAAGCCAAAAAAAAAAAAAAAGUAACAUUUGAUGGCCUACAGUGUAUAGAGAAAACCUCAUCACAGGAUCGUGAGUGUUAACAGUCCUAGGGAACCGUGCUAUUCUAUUUAACAGAGCCGUAGUAGAUGUAGUUGAGUCAUCCUGGUCUCAAGCUCAGAGCUGCUGAGCAAAGCAGGGAAGGUCGCCACGUUGUCUUUGUGAAUCGGGGAUGGAACUUGCUAUGCAGAAUUGAAGUUUGUGGCUUCGCUGCUCAUCCUGGGGUGCAUGACAGGAUCCCUUCUCUUGAGAAAGGAAAACAUUGAUCACCCUAACCGCAGUGAUGCCUCGACACCUAAUUGUAUCCACACUAGUCAAUGAAGCUAAAAAUAAUUUUUGUUGUUGUUUCUUGUUUGGGGUUUUAUUGAAGGGGUGAGGGGCGGGAAGGGCUUCUCAGUUUUGUACAAAACCAAGUUUACUCAUGCUCUCUCCUCUUGUGAUUGCAAGCGCUCUAAGCUGCGGCACUGACUCCUGGCGUUGAUGCUCUAGAUAACAGAGGUUUGUGGGGAGAUUAUGGCGACUCGGGCAUGUCUUUCCGCAGCAUACCAAGGCAAGCAGCCAUCUCGUCAGCCACUCAGCACAUCACAGUGUGCCGUUUACAGAUGAUGUCUCCCACCCACAGAGAAUCCCUGUUUGUAAAUUGAAGGUUUAUAAUAUGCCUUACAGAGCUUAAUUCAGAAGUCUGUGCCUCAUACCUGAAACAAAGGGAAGAAACAGGCCCAUGCGAAAGUCAGUAAGUCCCAUAGAACCCGUUGGGUUUUCCUUACCAUUUCCUUCGGAAAAGCUCUGUUGAGUGUCCUGAGUAGCUGGGAAAUUCUUAGGAACCUGCAUAUGUUGUUUACCGGCAGGUGGCACAGGCGAUAUUUAAAGAGUACCUGGAACAUGGGGGCUUGGGGGUUUUGUUUUUGUUUUGUUUUGUUUAAUUUAGAUUACAUUAGCAGGCCUAAUAGUUUUAAAAGGUAAUUCAGCCAAAGGGCAAUUUACUUUUUGUACUUCAGACUUAUAUUGAUUGUCAAGUUGUACCAAUUGUAAUUUAAAAAUUUAUACUGCCACUUGAUUGUAAAUUUUAGUUGUCUUAAGUGGGAAUUGAUGAAAAGCUGUUUAUGCUGGAUUUGGGUCAAAAUGACUUGAUUAUUUGCAAAAAAAAUAAAAAUACUAAUGGGAAGAAAGGGCUGCACAAUAAGAUACUGCAAGACUCAGGUCUUGGUUGGAAAUUCCUCAGAUCCCCUCAGAUGACCCCAUGCCCCUUUGUUUUCAGUUUCUCAAAGAGCGAAUGAAGUGAAAUAUAGCAGAAUGUUAACCCAUAUAAAAAUAAAGUGUACCCAAAUAUUGUAAUGUA